UGCCGAGCAGUGAUAAAAGUAUCCGUGCCGACUAGAGACGCUCCUUUGUUUUCCUCGUGGACCAAAAUGGCGAUUCGUGCGAGGAACUUGCUUAACAGGCUGGUCAACACUUGGCAGCCCAGUCCUACGACAAGGCAAUUCUGUGUCUCGUCGUAUCUUGGAGAAAAAGCCCCUUUCAACUGGGAGGACCCCUUGAAUCUGGAGUCGCGCUUGACUCAGGAUGAGAUCAUGGUGCGCGAUCAGUUUCACGUCUACUGCCAAGAGAAAUUGGCGCCCAGGGUGAUCGAGGCGAAUCGCAGGGAGAUCUUCGACAGGAGUAUCUUUCAGGAACUCGGAGAAGUGGGAGCUAUUGGCUGCACCAUUAAUGGAUACGGGGCUGCUGGAUUAUCCUCGGUGGCCUAUGGGCUCCUGACGAAGGAGGUCGAGGCCAUCGACAGUGGGUACAGAUCAGCCCUGUCCGUGCAGUCUUCUCUGGUCGCUGGCGCCAUCCAUGCGUACGGCAGUGAAGAUCAGAAGGAUCGAUUCCUUCCGAAAAUCAUAUCCGGGGAUCUGGUUGGCUGUUUCGGAUUGACCGAGCCCAAUCAUGGGAGCGAUCCUGGAUCCAUGGAGACCAGAGCAAGAUUCGAUACUGCCAAUAAGAUCUACAAGCUCAGCGGCAGCAAAACAUGGAUCACGAAUUCUCCCAUAGCUGAUAUACUGAUCGUCUGGGCAAAGUGCGAGGACGGUAAAGUACGGGGAUUCAUAAUCGAGAGGAAGGACAAUCGUCGGACGUUGGAGACGCCGCGGAUCGAGGGUAAAUUUUCGUUGAGGUCCUCGGCAACAGGAAUGAUUCUCAUGGACGACGCUGUCGUACCGGAAGAGAAUCUCUUACCCAAUUCUGUCGGUUUGUCGGGUCCUUUCGGGUGUCUGAACAACGCGCGUUACGGCAUAGCCUGGGGUGCUCUGGGCGCGGCAGAAGCCUGCUUGAAGGUAGCCAGAAAUUACAGCCUCGAAAGACAUCAGUUCAAGAGACCCUUGGCAGCUAAUCAGUUGGUGCAGAAGAAGAUGGCUGACAUGAUGACGGAGAUAGCGAUCGGUCUUCAGGCUUGUCUUCAAGUCGGCAGAUUGAAGGACGAGAACAAAGCCACACCGGAAAUGAUUUGUAUGAUCAAGAGGAACUCGGCAGGCAAAGCCCUGGAUAUCGCAAGGACGGCCAGGGACAUGCUGGGAGCCAAUGGAAUUUCCGACGAGUACCACGUCAUCAGACACGUCAUGAACUUGGAGUCUGUGAAUACUUACGAGGGAACUCACGACAUACACGCACUUAUUUUGGGAAGAGCCAUCACGGGAAUCGCGGCCUUUUGAAAUUCAUGGAAAUUAUAAAGAUCGGACGGAAGAUACAAAGAUGUGAGAUCUUCGACGUGAAACGCCGUCACGAACUUCCUUUUUGGCUCUUUGGUCUCUGCCAAACACUUUGUUACUUUGAUAAAAAUAAAUCUGUCUCUUGACAACUGAA